ACAUUUAAUUCUCAAAUGAAUGAACCAUCUACAAGUAAUCGCGAUAAUCAAGAAGAAUCUUCUCAUUUUCUUGUUAUCGAUGAUGAUUAUAAUGAAGAACAAAAUCAAACAUCAGUGGAAAAUUGGAUUCAUAACUUGAUAACUGGAAAUGGAAGAACUGAUGAAUCACACGAUUAUGAUAAAGCUAUUUCCGAAUCCGGUUAUGGACUCUACAAUAUAUUGCUGUUAUUGGCCUUUCUACCAGCUGGAUGGUCAGCUGUAUUUGACACAACAAGUCCAGCAUUCAUUUUACCCGCGGUUGAAUGUGUUUUUGAUCUCACACUAUUUCGAAAGGGUGUCCUAGUAUCAAUUGUAUACAUAGGGAUAAUUGUGUCGGGAAUCCUGUGGGAUUUUAUGCUACAAGAGUCGUUGAUAAAUCAUCUCGGAAAGCGAAAUUUGCUCCUUUUAGGAUUACUGGUCGACUCAAUUUGUAAUAUAACGAGUGCUUUUGUUGACUCUUACUUCGUGUUUCUUCUACUGAAAUUCAUCAGCGGUGUAAUUGUUGGUGGACCAUUUACAAUAUUGUUACCAUAUUUGGCAGAAUUUCAUGCUCCAAAAUAUCAAUCUCAAUUUACCAGAUGGGCUGGAUUUGUUUUCGGAAUUUCUCUUAUGAUUCCAGCAGCAAUUGCAUUCAACGUUUUGCCAUACAGUUCACCUUUUUCAUUUCAAAUUUCUGGAGGUGCUUUUGCAACAUGGCAAACAUAUCUUUUAAUUUGCUCAAUUCCAUCAGUUCUUGGCCUAAUAACAAUGUCAUUUACACCGGAUAGUCCAAAACUUUUGAUGUCCGAUGGUAGUUAUCAAAAAGCAUUGAAAUCAUUAAGAAGAAUUUAUUCCAUGAAUACAUGGAAGUCUCCUAAAUUCUAUCCGGUCAAAUUACUGAGGAUUAAAGAAACACAGGUGGAAACAGAAAAUGAUUUAACAGUGAAAAAUCAAAUUCAAAAAUCGUGGUCCAAUACAAAAACACUUUUUUCAAUGCCAUAUUUAUCGCCUCUGUCAAUUCUCAUUUUUCUUCAAUUUGGAAGCAUGCUUGGGUUAAAUACCAUGAGAUUAUGGGUGCCGCAACUUUUCAUCAUGCUCAACAAUUUUGGCAGGAAAAUACGUCACGCAUAUCCAUCAUCAAAUGAGACAUUUACCAUGUGUGAAAUGUUAGUUCCAAAUAGAUUUCCAAUGUUUAAUAACAUCAAUAAUUACAGCAUUCACACACAAACAUGUGUACCGUCUCAUAUUGAAGCUGCUGUAUACAUUAAUUCUACAAUUAUUGCAAUGUCAACUGUGGUGUUUGCCUUCCUCGCUGGAUUUAUACUGACAAGUCGAACAAGGAAAGAAAUUAUAAUUCUUUUGAUGUUUAUAAUCGCAAUUGUAUGCAGUUUUGGCGUCAAUUGGGCGCAACUAGUGCCAUAUAUGUUGACAUUAUCUGCCGCUAUCGUUGUAACGAUGAGAAUUGCUGGUAACAUCGUUCUUGCAGUAAAUGCUGAAGUAAUACCAGUGCCAUUAAGAUCCACCGCAGUCAGCAUUGUCAAUCUGAUCGGAAAUUUUGCCGCUGUCGUUGGCAAUUUCGCAUUUUCAAGCCUCCUCGAUGCCGAAUGCGUCGCUGCAUUCAUGUCCAUGGGAUGUUUAAUGCUUGCCUGUGCAACUAUUGUCUUCAUUUUGCCAAAGCCAUUGAAACCACCUGAAAUAACUACAAAUACCGAUGAAGAAAGAUAUUGAAAAUAAUUUUUUUUUUUUUUAAGUAGAUAAAUGACAAAAAAUUGUGAUUUUGUAAAAAAAAAAAAAAGAAAGUGCAAAGUAUUAUAUACAUAUAUAAUGUAGAACCAAAUGUGAUUUAGGAAAUUGAAUUUUUAUAUUAUAGAUUGUAGAUGAUUUUUUAUAUUUAAAUUUUAUAAAGAAAAUCUAUUGAUAAAUAUUUUAAUAUUAUUAUUUUUAAUUCAAUUUUAUAAUAAAACGAACAAAUUAAAAGCUCAAUAUUGUAAAAACAGUUUAGUAUAAUUUAAAAAUAGUAAAAUUACUUUUAUAGAUUUACUUCAAUUAUUAUUAAAAAUAAAAUGUUUACUAUUGUAAACAAUUUUGUUGCAAUUGUUAUAAAAAUAAAUUUUUAUUAUAUAUAUAUAUAUAUAUUUUUAUCAAAUUUUUAUGGCAACUGACAAAAAAAAAUGUUAUUUUGCAAUUACGUUCCAAUACCGUGUUUUAUAUGAUAUUUGAGAAACAAUAUAUUUCAGAGUGUAAAUGCAGAUAGAAAAUCAAUGAAAAGUUUUUAUUGGAAACUUUAUAAAUUGGUUUAUGUGGAAUGACGUAAAAUAUGAUACUGCCAGCGAUGUGUCACUCGUUGUGAAAAGAGCUGAUAUAAUUCAUAGUAUGUUUAAUAAAAAAAAAAAAAAAAAAAAAAAAUAUGCGAAUAUUUCAUGCCAGUUACUGUGGCCACUGAAAUUUUUUCAUCAUUGUCCACUAGAAACUAAAAAAAAAAAGUUUAUUCAAUUAAUAAAAUAUCUAAUCUCUCUAU